UCCUCUUUUUUCCUCGGGGGGAAAUCUCCUUUUAAAAAAAUCAUUUUUUCUAUCAAAGUGUGAAGUGUGAACUCUCAGACUGUAGCUUACGAUUUAUACCUCUCGCUCGCUACCCGCUUUUUCGAUCAAAUGCCCAUUGGCUCCACUUCUCGUUAGCUCAAUCUCAAAAAUGAUAAUUUAUUUUUGUGAUUUUGGCUUUGGUAUUAUUGAUUUGUUCCGAAAGGUAAAUUUUUCCUGAAGGUUUGUGGCCCUUCUUCGCACACGGGUCUUGUGAUUUUUUGUUGGGUAAUGUAUCUGACACCGCUGCUGCAUUUUCGCGAAUAGAGGCUGGUGCUUAUUUACGAUCCAUUUGCACGCAAGUGAUGUCAUGUAAUAGAGUUAAUUUUAUAUUUUUUAAGUCGUGGUUUCAGGCUCCACUGCACUUCCAAAACAAUUGGUUGUGCAGUCCCUGUCUACAGACAUUGCCAUCAAGUUUCUGCCGUUAUGUAGGUUCUAAUUCUAAUAUGGCCAGUGGUUCUUGUGUAAUUCCCGAUGGCAAUGUCAAUGUAAGUUCACCACUUAAUUCACAGAGGACAUACCAAGUGGUAGUGGCUGCGACCCUGGAUAUGGGCAUUGGUAAGGAUGGAAAAUUACCCUGGAGAUUACCCUGUGAUCUCAAAUUUUUCAAGGAGAUCACUAAGGCCACAUCUGAUCCUGGGAAGAAGAACGCAGUUUUAAUGGGUAGAAAAACAUGGGAGAGUAUCCCUCUUCAGAACCGACCUCUUCCCGGUCGUCUUAAUGUUGUUCUUACUCGCUCGGGAAGAUUUGAUAUGGUAAAUACAGAGAAUGUUGUUACCUGUGGAAGCAUGUCUUCCGCUUUGGAACUAUUAGCUGCUUCUCCUUACUCUCUAUCAAUUGAGAAAAUAUUUGUUAUAGGAGGUGGCCAGAUAUUUAGAGAGGCUCUUAAUGCACCUAGUUGUGAAGCUAUCCACAUUACAGAAAUUGAGACAAGUAUUGAGUGCGACACUUUCAUGCCUCCGAUUGACUCCUCAGUUUUCCGGCCAUGGUACUCAUCUUUUCCUAUGGUGGAGAACAACACUCGUUAUUCUUUCACCACUUAUGUGCGUGUGAGGAGUUCUGCAGCCAACCACCUUAAUCGGAAUGCUGAUACUAAUUCUGAUUGUACAUCAGAUUCCACAAAAAUUGGGGCCAAUAAAUUCUCUUUCCUUCCUAAAAUGAUUUUUGAGAGACACGAGGAGUACGUGUAUCUUAGACUGAUUCAAGAAAUCAUCUCUGAAGGAACUCGUAAGUAUGAUAGGACAGGGACUGGCAUCUUAUCGAAACCUGGUUGCCAGAUGAGGUUCAAUCUACGUAAAAGCUUUCCUCUUCUAACAACUAAGAAAGUAUUUUGGCGAGGGGUUGUUGAAGAGCUUCUUUGGUUUAUAAGUGGUUCAACAAAUGCCAAGGUGCUGCAGGAAAAAGGCAUCUGCAUAUGGGAUGGCAAUGCAUCCAAAGAAUGCCUUGAUAGUAUUGGUUUGACAGAGAGGGAGGAUGGUGAUUUAGGACCUAUAUAUGGGUUUCAGCGGAGGCACUUCGGUGCAAGUUAUACUGGGAUGCAUUCUGACUACUCGGGGCAAGGAUUUGAUCAGCUUUUGGAUGUUAUUAACAAGAUAAAGAAUAAUCCUGAUGAUCGGCGGAUUAUCCUCUCAGCAUGGAAUCCAGCCGAUCUAAAAUUGAUGGCACUUCCACCCUGCCACAUGUCUGCACAGUUCUAUGUAGCAAAUGGGGAGUUAUCCUGCCAAAUGUAUCAGCGAUCUGCUGACAUGGGCCUUGGCGUACCAUUUAACAUGGCAUCUUAUGCCCUCCUGACAUGCAUGAUAGCUCAUGUUUGUGAACUUGUUCCGGGUGAUUUCAUCCAUGUCAUUGGGGAUGCACACGUUUACUGCAGUUAUGUGAGGUCUUUGCAGGAGCAGCUCCAGAACCAACCCAGACCUUUUCCAAUUUUGAAGAUAAAGUCAUCAAAGAAGGAUAUAGAUUCGUUUGUGGCUUCUGAUUUUGAUCUCAUAGGUUAUAAUCCUCACCGGAACAUAGAGAAUUGAAAAUGGCUGUGUAGAGACCUUCAUCUGCCCCUUCUUCAAGCUAUUCGGGAAUUAUAGGACCUUUUGAGUGGCAGGGUCCAGUGAGAUGAGAAAGCUGCUUUGGGUGAGCUCUCAUUAGUGAACGGAGACACAACUAUUGCUUUCAUUAUCUGGGCCAGAAGAAAGAAACUUUCCUUUAUUAUCCAAUUGGACUCCCAAAUUUGCACUUUUUAUUCAAAUCCAUCAAUUUUCUCACGUUCCUUCGCAAGCAAAUUCAAUACCUGUCGUCAUUCCAUUGCUGCAACUGCACACUUUCCUUUCUCCAGAGAUUAGAGAACCACUCACCAAAAGCUUUGGCACUCACACGCUCUUUAGAUAGCCUUUGACAGGGACUGCACCUUCCUGUCAAACAAACUGACUCAGAGCCUUCUGUCUGAGCAGAUCCAGGAGGCUUGUCAAGGCCAGUUCAGAGUCCUCGUUCUUCAGCAACUCCUCACCCACCUCCG